ACAUUCUCUCCAACCUGGAACUCAAGCACCAUGGGACCUUGGCUGGCUUGUGGACAGCAAGAAAUCCAAUCUUAAAUACUGGACUUCGGACCCCUGGGAGGCAUGGGUGACUCACCGAAGGAGGGAAAGCUGACCCGGUUUCUGGACUUCACACAGCUGAUUGACAUGGCGUCCGAGGCUGUGGGAGGAAAGGUUUUAUUUGCAACAGAUGACUUUUUUGCUCCUGCAGAAAACCUCAUAAAGAGUGACAAUCCAAGUUUUAAAGAACAUGAGUACACUGAGUUUGGGAAAUGGAUGGAUGGAUGGCAAACAAGGAGGAAAAGGAUUCCAGGUCACGACUGGUGUGUCAUCAGGCUGGGGAUAUCAGGAGUUGUCCGGGGCUUCGAUGUGGACAUUUCUUACUUCGAGGGAAAUCAUGCUCCUCGGAUGUCGAUUCAAGCAGCAAACUUGGGAGAAGAUAAAUUACCAGAAAUCCCAGAACGAGGAGUCAGGACAGGAGCUGCAGCCACACCUGAGGAGCUUGAAGCUAUUGCCGAGCUAAAAUCCAACGACUGGAAUUACUUGGUACAUAUGACAGAGCUUAAGCCAGGAAACCCUGCUUCCAGCCACAACUAUUUUCUUAUCAAUUCUCAGCAGAGAUGGACUCAUGUCAGACUCAACAUCUUCCCAGAUGGUGGAAUUGCACGGCUUAGAGUGUAUGGCACUGGACAAAAUGACUGGACUGCAACUGACCCCAAAGAACCUAUUGACCUAGUAACCAUCGCUUUUGGGGGUGUCUGUGUAGGAUUUAGUAAUGCACAUUUUGGGCACCCAAACAAUAUGAUAGGCGUCAGCAAGGCAAAGUCUAUAGCAGAUGGUUGGGAAACUGCAAGAAGGCUGGACAGGCCACCAAUAUUAGAAAAUGAUGAGAAUGGCACUCUGUUGGUUCCGGGCUGUGAAUGGGCAGUUUUCCGACUGGCACACCCUGGAGUGAUAACUCAAAUCGAAAUCGAUACCAGCUAUUUUAAAGGCAAUUUUCCGGACAACUGUAAAGUGGAUGGGUGUGUCUUAACAACUCAAGAGGAAGAAGAUAUGAUUAAGCAGAAGUGGAACCUUCCAGCCCAUAAGUGGAAAGCUCUGCUCCCAGUCACCAAGCUGUCCCCCAACCAAAGUCACUUGUUUGACAGCCUGACACUAGAGCUCCAAGAUGUCAUCACUCAUGCCAGGCUCACCAUAGCCCCGGAUGGGGGAGUGAGCCGCCUUCGGCUGAAGGGCUUCCCUAGCUCCAUCUGUCUCCUGCGAAGCCGGGAUAAACCCAUGAUCAGGUUUGCAGUGAAAGGGGGCUUCAGAGCAAACCUGUGA